CCAAUACCCAAAUCUCACCGAGUCCACCCAUUCGGGGACUCGAUUCUUCCUCUACACGCUUCGCUUCCAUCUCUCAAACCCUAGGGUUUAUGUUUUCAACUUCAAUCAAUCACAAACACUACUUCACUCACAAAUCUUUCCACCAAAUUCAUGGGUUCUGAAUCAAUCGCAGCAGUCACUGUUUCCAAGUCAUCAUCGUCCUCCGGUGAAAAGUGCUUCCCUCCUGGUUUCCGGUUCCAUCCGACCGAUGAGGAGCUGAUUCUGUAUUAUCUGAAAAAGAAAAUCUGCGGUCGAUCACUCAAGCUUGAUAUCAUCGGCGAAAUUGAUGUUUGUAAAUGGGAACCAGAAGAGUUGCCAGGUAAAGCUAAAUGGAAAACCGGCGACAGGCAGUGGUUCUUUUUUACUCAUCGCGAUAAGAAGUAUUCUAAUGGAGGAAGAUCAAACAGGGGGACAAAACACGGUUAUUGGAAAGCCACCGGAAAGGAUCGUCUCAUUAAGCACUACUCACGCACAGUCGGAUUAAAGAAAACUCUCGUUUUUUAUGAAGGCCGUGCACCCUCUGGUAAACGCACAGAUUGGGUGAUGCACGAGUACUCCAUGGAAGAAGAGGAGCUCAAGAGAUGCAAGAAUGUACAAGAACACUACACCCUGUGCAAAGUAUUUAAGAAAAGUGGACUAGGUCCCAAGAAUGGUGAGCAGUAUGGUGCUCCCUUUGUUGAAGAAGAAUGGAGCGAUGAUGAUAACUGUUUAGAUGUUGAAUCACUUCUUGUGAAGAACAUCAAUACUUCAGUCAAUCAGCCUAAGUUAACUAGUGAACCUGAGAUUGUUGAACCACUGGCUCAUCAUAAUCCAGUCAACAGUGCAAAUAACCCGAGCCAUGUACAGUUGGAGGUGCACCCUGGUUCUGAUUUGGCUCAGUCAGCAAAAGAACCAUCAGUGAUCACUUGUGUGGAGGAGGUGCCUCUGCCAUUGCCACAGCCUUUGGUGGUCGAUGAAGAUUUUCUUGAACUGGAUGAUCUACAAGGUCCACAACCAUCUUUUCAAAACUCAAUGUUUGAUGAUUUUCAGUUUGGUGGUGUUGAUGAGUUUUGUGCACUUGAGUUCUACAAUAAUGCAAACGAGUUCAACGAAGUGAAUCCUUUCAAAAGUCAACCAUUUUACACGAGUAAUCUUGAUUUUGGAAUAGAAAACUCUGGUCUACAUUCAUAUUCAAAUGAUUACAAUUCUAGCCUCUGGACACACAACCAAGAAACUGAAGACUCAACUGAUGUCACCAUUUUUGCUCCUUCAGGUAUAAAUGACAAGUCUGGAAUACCCGAUUCCGGUGUGAAUCAGAAUCAGAAAACCGGAGAAGAUGAUGGUGGGACGGAUUCCUGGUUUUCUUCUGCCAUCAGUCUGGCAUUGGCAUUGGAGAGCAAAGCUCUUACGAAUAAGACGUUUGAUCUUAUUCCUAGUUUUGGUAGAAUCAGCAAUGCCGAUGGUGCUGUUACUCUUGUGACUAGAAGGGUAAAAAGGGACAUCUAUCGAGUUACUAGCAAGAUGCAUAUUGUGAAACAUUCAUAUGGUUUGGAUGAAGGUGGAGAAUCUUAUUAUAAAUCAUGGGGUGAAGGAAUAAGAUAUGAAGAUCAAUGGUGCUGGAAGAUAUAUAAGAAAGAUUCUCCCACUAAUUUCAAUGAUGCGAAUUAA